AGCCGGACCAGACAUAAACAAACGAUGGCGGAGGCUCUACCAUGCGACUUCGAUGCUUGGUUAAAAGACACUCUAAUUGCACUAAACACAGAUGACGAAGUUUUCAGUCCGUAUAUUAAAGGGAUCUUAGAAGGAGAGGAGAACAAGGAGGAAAAGGUGGAAGCUCUACAAGGAAUUCUUACGGAAAUAACGGAUACUGGAAUCGAGGCGCUCUGCGAUGACAUCUGGAAGAAAUGGACCCUGCUUGCGGAACCCGAAGAGCCCACAGACACCGUGAAAAAGGUUGAGUUUGAAGAAAAGAUUGCCAAGAUUAUGGAGGAGCAGGCUCAGUGCGUGGUGGUGAACAAGACGCGCUCCAAGGAGGAGGAAUCCCUGAAGAGUGCCAUAUUGGCACAGUAUGCUGAGGUAUCUGAUGGUGAAUGCACGGACGAGGAGGAGGAGGAAGAGGUGAGCCAAGGAGGCCUGAUGGGAGUGAAGAACACAAAUGCAGAGGAGGUGAUCAAAGCAGAACGCGAGAGGAGGGAGAAGAACAAAGAGGAGUCGCAGCGCAAGAAGGAAAAGGAUAAGGAGGAUAGAGCUAAACAGAAGUCCAAAGACGAGGAAAGAAAAGAGAAGGAGAAGAAACGCACACAGAAGGGAGAGCGAAGACGGUGAUCGUCUGCGAAUAUAGCCUGUACCAUUUUCAUUUGGAAUUUAUGUUAUGCCAAUAAAUGUAUCAGCUGAUGGUUUUGAGGCAUUUGUUUAUUUACUCUUUUUCCGGAUAGAGGCUUCACUACAUGCUGCUUAUUGGGGUUGUUUUCUUCUUCCUUUCUGCAGUGAUUUUUAAGAAAUUUGAUUUUUCUCUCUCUUCCUCUCACUCAUUUCUUCAUGAGGUACAUCUUGUUGAUAUUUGGAAUAAAAGUUUAUAUCUAGAUACAGAUAUGUUUUUAUCAUUA